GCGGGAGAGGCGCCCCUCGCGCGGCCUAAGCCUCUUUGGCGGAGCCUCAGGCGAAAGAAAGAAGAGCGGAACUACUUUUCUGCAGCGCCGCGCAUGCGCGGGGCUGAGGGCGCGGCGGGAGACGUUGAGCCUCCUUGGAGUGGUUUGGCUCAAGCGGUGCUGCGCCGCGGGGUGAGAUCGCUGCGCGCACUGCGAGCGCGAGGGGAACCGCGGUCGCCAUUUUGAAGCGGCGGUUGGGGGAGGCGGCGUGAGCGCUCCCGUCUGCCUGGCCCGGCCCCGCGCCCGCCCGUCCGCCCGCGCUCCGCGCACCGGCCCCGCACCGCCGCAGCCAUUGCCGACCUCGGCAUGUCCGGAGGGGGCGUGAUCCGCGGCCCAGCCGGCAAUAACGACUGCCGCAUCUACGUGGGCAACCUGCCCCCCGACAUCCGCACCAAGGACAUCGAGGACGUCUUCUACAAGUACGGCGCCAUCCGCGACAUCGACCUGAAGAACCGCCGCGGAGGGCCGCCCUUCGCCUUCGUCGAGUUCGAGGACCCCAGGGACGCGGAGGACGCCGUCUACGGGCGGGACGGUUACGAUUACGAUGGGUAUCGCCUCCGCGUGGAGUUCCCUCGCAGCGGCCGGGGCACCGGCAGAGGAGGCGGUGGCGGCGGAGGGGGCGGAGCCCCGCGGGGCAGGUACGGCCCCCCGUCCCGGCGCUCGGAGUACAGAGUGAUCGUCUCGGGGCUGCCUCCAAGUGGAAGUUGGCAGGAUUUAAAGGAUCACAUGCGUGAAGCAGGUGAUGUAUGUUAUGCUGAUGUUUUCCGAGAUGGCACUGGUGUCGUGGAGUUUGUACGGAAGGAAGAUAUGACCUACGCUGUGCGAAAACUGGAUAACACUAAGUUUAGAUCUCACGAGGGAGAAACUGCCUACAUCCGUGUUAAAGUUGAUGGUCCAAGAAGUCCAAGCUAUGGAAGAUCUCGGUCACGCAGCCGUAGUCGUAGCAGAAGCCGUAGUCGAAGCAACAGCAGAAGCCGCAGUUAUUCCCCAAGAAGAAGCAGAGGAUCUCCACGCUACUCUCCCCGCCACAGCAGAUCCCGAUCUCGUACAUAAACGAUCACUAGCUCUGAUCUUUUUGUAGAACCCCAUGUUGUACACAGUUUUCCUUUACUCAGUACAGUCUUUCGAUUUUUUUUUUUUUAAUUCAAACUGUUUUAUUCAAAUUGGCUGAAGUGUUGAAUUGCAUUCUUGUGUAAAAUCCCUAGUGAGUAUUUGCUCCGUAACAACAACAUUCCCCUCAUGUCUUUGGUAAAUUGUAUUUUAAUUGAUGUCAGUCAGGAUUGUUUCAAUUUAGUUAUAGUUAAAUACCAACAUUCUUCAAGCUGUGGUAUUGCUGUGUAAAUGUCUCAGUGUUCAGCUAUGGUUUAUGCGAGCUGGGGAUGUUGGGAUGUUUGUGGCUAACUUGUCUCUUCUGGGGGAUCUUAUAUUUUAUCUUGCCUUUUCGUGUGUCUUUCUGUAGACAUAUCUGAAGAGAUGGAUUAAGAAUGCUUUGGAUUAAAGGAUUGUGGAGCACAUGUCAAUCAUUUUAGGAUUGUCAAAAGGAGGAUUGAGGAGGAUCAGAUCAAUAAUGGAGGCAAUGGUAUGACUCCAAGUGCUAUUGUCACAGAUGAACUUGGCAGUAUUGACCUUAUACUGAGACAGGUGAAUUGAGAACGUGCGCCUGCGUGUCGCUUCUUCAGGCACCUCUUGGUCACCGCAGGCUACAAUUGCUCUUCUCUUUAAAACCCUCUUGGCAAUUGUGGCUCGACCCUUGCUGUCGUAAUUCCUUAUUCCAUUCUAGUUCUUUAAAGGAGUAAAGCGGGACAGGGGUGGGAGCAUUGGUUUACUUUGCGCGCAGCAUUUGGUUACGAGCGUUAACGUUCCGUAGUACUCGUACACUUGCAGAUCAAGGGUAUCUUUAAAUCCGAGUAUAAUAUCAAUACUGCUAAAAUCUGCAUGUCCUCUGUGUGACUGAUACAGCGUUGCUAUUUCAUUUUUUUAAAGUACCAGAAUGAAAGAGAAAAAAAAAAAAAAAA